AACACUCAAACUACCCAUUUCGGCGUAGCGAUGAACCGCGUUAAGGCAAUUGCCGCUUCCCUCAGAAUGCUCGAGUCGUCACUCGGAACUCGGAACCAGGUGACUCACUUCUCUCUCCAUAAUCCACUACCCCUUUUGGAUAGGUCUCACUUUUUACGUUUUCCCAUCACUCACCACAAACUCUAUUUUUCUACAAAACCGAACACCAUUGUGGAGCUUGUUUUGACCAACGAUUGGUCACAAGAGUUAGAGCACAAGUUAGAAAAUCGUUGCCCAUCUAUGACCCAUGAAACCGUUCUUUACGUUAUAAAGCGGUUGGAUAAAAACCCAGAAAAAGUUUCGUCUUUUUUCAAUUGGGUCAGUAAGAAAGAAUGGUUUAGGGCUAGUUCUUCGCUGUAUAGCUUAAUUGUUAGGGUUUUGGCGACCAAGGAUACGAUGAAGCAAUUUUGGGUUACUCUAAGGAUGAUGAAGGAAAAGGGGUUUUAUCUUGAUGAAGAAACAUAUUUGACGAUUCUUUAUGGUUUUAAAAGGGAAAAGAUGGACAGCGAUUCUGUUGCUUUGACUCACUUCUAUGAUCGGAUGGUAGAGGAGAAUGCAAAGCAAAGUAUUGUCACCAGGGUGGUUGAUAUCAUUUCAGUGUCUGAAUGGGGUGAUGGGGUUAAGGAUGAACUUGCAAAGCUUCAAAUUCAGCUUUCGGAUAAUUUAGUAAUAAGGGUUUUGAAAGAGCUUAGGAAUGCUCCUUUAAAGGCUUACGAGUUCUUUCAUUGGGUUGGGAAGCAAUCUGGUUAUGAGCAUAAUACAGUGACUUACAAUGCUGUUGCAAGAGUUCUUGCGCGGUCUGACUCAAUUGAGGAGUUUUGGAGUGUUAUUGAGGAGAUAAAGAAUGUGGGUCACGAAUUGGAUAUUGAUACUUACAUAAAGAUAUCGAGGAUGCUUCAAAAGAAUAGGUUGAUGGAGGAUGCUGUCAAGCUUUACGAGCUUAUGAUGGAUGGUUCAUAUAAGCCAUUGGUCCAGGAUUGCAGCAUUCUUUUGAAAAGCAUCUCUGGAAGUGAUAAGCCAAAUUUGGAUUUAGUUUUCAGGGUUGCUAAGAAAUUUGAGUCAACAGGGCACACUCUCUCCAAGGCAAUCUAUGAUGGAAUCCACAGGUGUUUGACUGGUGCUGGGAAAUUUGAUGAAGCUGAAAAUAUUGUUAGGACUAUGAGAAAUGCUGGCCAUGAGCCUGAUAACAUCACCUACAGUCAAUUGGUUUUUGGACUUUGUAAGAUGAGGAGGUUUGAAGAAGCAUAUAAAGUGCUGGAGGAGAUGGAAUCUUGUGGAUGCAUCCCGGAUAUUAAGACUUGGACCAUCUUGAUCCAAGGGCAUUAUGAUGGCAAUGAAGUAGAUAAAGCAUUGCUUUGUUUUACUAAGAUGAUUGAAAAGGGCUGUGAUCCAGAUGCUGAUUUGUUGGAUGUUAUGAUUGAAGGUUUUCUUAGACAAAAGAGAAUAGAAGGUGCAUACGAGUUGCUUAUGGAGAUAAGUAGGAAGUGUCGUAUAUCUCCAUGGCAAGCUACAUAUAAGAAACUGAUUGAAAAGCUAUUAGGAGUCAUGAAGUUUGAGGAAGCACUCAAACUUCUUCGUUUGAUGAAGAGCCACAACUACCCUCCGUACCACCUACCCUUUGUGCCUUAUAUUUCAAAGUUUGGGUCUGUGGAGGAUGCUGAUCAAUUCCUGAAGGCAUUGAGUGUAAAAAGCUACGCAUCCCAUACAGUUUAUGUUCAGGUUUUUGAAUCCUUGUUCAGAGAAGGUAGACUCUCGGAGGCCAAAGAUCUAUUGUACAAGUCUCCUCACCAUAUACGUAAGCAUAGUAAAAUCUGUAAACUUUUUGGUUCAUCCGAGAGUGACCCUCAGGUGCUGCCUAAUCCCUAGAAUGUUUUCUCUCCUAGCACUUAUUUCAUCUUUCUUCAAAAUUCAAAUGAUUGAUGCCAUCAAGUUGAUCAAGCUUUUGGAUGGUUUUGGUCAUUUGACCUGUAAUGUUAUAUUAAUGGCUAUUUUUCAAAAGAUUUAUCAAUUGCAGUUUUUGUGUUCUUUUAAUGGAGAUGGAUGUACAUGCUUGACAAUUCAUUACAUGGAAAAUAUUUUUGAGGGGAACGCUGUUUUGGCUUCUUAUGUUGGCUUUUAUAGUCCUGGUUAGUAAUGUCACUCUUGAAUCUCGAUUGUAUUUAUGGCAAAUGCCGACUAUUCUCCGUGGAGCCAGAAUGUUAUUAUUGAAUCAUUUUCAUUAA